GAGAAGACUGAUCACGAAGAUACUGUAUUUACUAUCCUUUUCUUUAAAUUACUGACUUUUUUGUUAGUUUUCGUCACUUUGGAUAUACACGAUUUUCUCCAGCUUUUUGGAUUUAUUUAUUUGCUUUCUACCUUAAUCUUCCUUCCGUGGUCUUCUGCAAAAUGUCGGACAGGACAAUGGCGCGGCAAGUACUGCUGUAUAUUUGGUUUCUCUCUCUCAGUUCUGCUCUCGGGCAGGUCAGUUACUCCAUUCAUGAGGAAAUGGCGAAAGGCUCUUUAGUCGGGAACAUUGCGCAGGAUUUGGGUUUAGAUUUAAAGAGACUGAAAUCGGGUAAAGCGCGUAUUUAUACUGGAGACAGCGCUGAAUACAUCGAGCUGAAUAAAGAAAGAGGAGUCCUCCUUAUCAAAGAGAGAAUAGACCGAGAGGCGCUAUGCGGACAGACAACGCCUUGCGCGCUACAUUUUCAGAUUAUUCUAGAAAACCCAAUGGAAUUUUUUAGAGUUACAAUUGAAAUAACAGAUAUUAAUGACAAUUUUCCCAGUUUUAAAAAGAGUACGAUUAUUUUUAGAAUCAGCGAAUCAGUUAUUUUAGGGUCUAAAUUUAUGUUAGAGCCUGCAAUAGAUCUCGAUGUGGGAAUCAACGGCCUUCAAAGCUAUACGCUAAAACCCACUCAUAAUUUUAAUCUUAAAUUUAAAAAUCAACAGGGAGACGGGGAAAAUGUUGAAUUGGUUCUACAAAAGCCUUUAGAUCGUGAAAAACAGCAUGAUAUAAAAUUAGUGCUCACAGCUAUUGAUGGAGGAGAUCCUCAGUUGUCUGGCAGCAUAGAGAUUCACAUUACGGUUUUAGACGCAAACGACAAUGCUCCUGUCUUCUUGCAAUCAAUUUAUAAAGCGACUGUGACAGAGAAUGCGCCAAAAGACACUAUAGUGUCACAAGUGAGCGCAACUGAUGCAGAUGAGGGUGUAAAUAAUAAAGUAGAGUAUUCUAUUGCAAACAUGCAAGAUGAUGAUCAACAGUUAUUUGAAAUAGAUAAAGACAGUGGCCAAGUUACGGCGGUCGGAAUAAUAGACUUUGAAAAAGCUCGCAAUUAUGAGCUACGCGUUCAAGCGAGUGAUCACGGUGGUCUGACUGAUUCUUGUAAAAUCAUAGUUGAUGUAAUUGAUAUCAAUGACAAUAAACCAGUGAUCAAUAUUAUGUCAAAAACAAACGUGAUAGCUGAAAAUUCCGCGUCUGAGACGGUGGUAACGAUGAUAAAUGUUCAGGAUCUUGAUUCGGGAGAAAACGGGAAAGUUCAAUGUUCAGUUAAUGAGAACAUUCCUUUCACCUUGAAGUCGUCAAAUGUAAAUUUCUUCAGUUUAGUCACAGACGGUGAUUUAGACAGAGAGCGCGAGUCUGAGUAUAACAUCAGUGUGACGUGCGCUGAUGAGGGCGUGCCCUCUCUCUCCAGCAGCGUCACUCUCUCCUUACAGAUAUCAGAUGUGAAUGAUAACGUGCCUGUCUUUGACAAGAGCUCAUAUGAGGCCUCUGUACAAGAAAACAACACACCGGGUCUUUCAAUAUUCACAGUCAGAGCCAGAGACGCAGAUUUUAACCAGAAUGCCCGUGUGUCUUACAUACUGGAGGACUCGUCGGUUAACGGAGUGCCCGUCUCCUCGUUAGUGUCCGUUAGUGCUGAUAGUGGAGUCAUACACGCUGUGCGAUCUUUCGAUUACGAGCAGAUCAAAGAUUUCCAGUUCCGCGUAAAAGCGCAGGACGGAGGCUCUCCUCCUCUCAGCAGCAACGUGAGUGUGAAAAUAAUAAUUCAGGACCAGAAUGACAAUGCGCCUCAGGUUCUGUAUCCGGUCCAGUCAGGCGCUUCUGUGGUGGCUGAAAUGGUGCCUCGUUCUGCAGAUGUGGGUUAUCUGGUGACUAAAGUGGUGGCUGUUGAUGUGGACUCUGGACAGAAUGCCUGGCUGUCAUAUAAACUGCAGAAAGCAACAGACAGGUCACUGUUUGAAGUGGGCUUACAGAAUGGAGAAUUAAGAACUGUGCGCCAAGUGACAGAUAAAGAUGCUGUGAAACAAAGACUCACUGUUGUAGUGGAGGACAACGGGCAACCCUCUCGAUCAGCUACAGUCAAUGUUAACGUGGCGGUGGCGGACAGCUUCCCUGAAGAGUUCACUGACUUUCCGCACAAGGACUACAACGACAACCUGACUUUCUAUCUGGUCUUGGCCUUGGCUGUAGUUUCGUUUCUUUUUAUCGUGUCUAUCAUCGCCAUACUGUCAGUCAAAUGCUACAGAUGGAGACGCGAGCGGAUGUUUUACAAAUCUGGAGCGAAUCUUCCAGUUAUUCCGUAUUAUCCGCCUCUUUACGCAGACGUAGGGGGCACAGGAACUUUACAGCACGUGUACAAUUAUGAGGUUUGCAGAACCACUGACUCCAGAAAGAGUGAUCUGAAAUACGGCAGACCUUGCAGUGAAAGCUUCAUUAGUCUGGACAGCAGUGGAACACAGACACUCUCGCAUGUGUAA